UCUAUAAAAACAAAUUUGAAUCCCAACAAUCCAGAUGACAAAUUAUUCUGGGCAAUAGCACUAACAGCCUUUUACGGCCUCGCUCGUCUGGGUGAGCUUCUUCCAGCAACACAGCAAGACAAAGACAAGGUGCCAUGCUUUUGCGCAUUAAGGUUUGAGAAGGCCUAUAUUACCAGAGCAGACAGGUCAUGGACAACAAAACGCUUCUUCAUUAACAAACUUAAACAAUUGUUACCAACAGAAGACGUAGCAGGCCACAGUUUUAGGGCUGGGGGCACAACUGAACUAGUCAUGCGUGGUGUAGGUAAAAUAGCUGUCGGAAGAACGAGACCCACCGCACAGCACAACACGGAGAAACGGCAGAAUCUCGACAC